AUGAGACAUUGGAAGCUGGUACUGGCGAGUGGAAAGAGAUUCAGCAGCGGGCUAUCAAGAACGCUAGGUCUAGGGGAAGCUGGCGCAAAUCAAGGAUUGGGAAGCAGUGGGGCCAUUAUUAAGACGCUGUUCAACAAGGAUUCGACCACCGUUACAUAUACCUUUGCGGGGAACGAACAAAGUGUUCCUAGGACGGUAUCGUUCAGCAAUCUAUUUUUGAGAGAUGCUUCGCGCAGCGAGAAAUCGAUCGACCCUUUUUCCGGCCAAAAGCUGUUUCGUACAGGACAGCUGCUGACCACUCCGAACUCUACAAUACCCCAGGAAGUCGAGGUGAGUGGCGACAAGCAAUCGCUACACAUCAAGUGGGGCGAUGGCGACUCGUAUGAGUACCCACUGGAGUUUUUAAACCGGUUUUCGGGCCACGAGCUCGAAGACGCUAUUUCGACGAAGCAUGCCCCCAUUCUCUGGGACCAAGCACAGUUGAAGCACAAUAUAGGACAGCUGCUUGCGGCAGACUUCACCUCGUACAUGAACGAAAGCGACACCAGCACCCUACACCAGACGUUGAUUAACAUGCGCAAAUUUGGAAUCUCUUUCAUUGCGGAUUUCCCCAAGAAAGAGCCAGCCGCACUGCUUAAAGGAGUAGCACAGCGCAUCGGUCCAAUAAGGCAGACCUUCUACGGUGAGGUGUUUGACGUGAUAAAUAAGCCGAGCGCUGAGAACAUCGCCUACACCAAUCGGGCACUGUCUUUGCAUCAGGACCUGCUAUAUCUGGACCAUGCGCCAGGUUGGCAAAUUUUGCACGCGCUUAAAAAUUCAUCGAGUGGCAGCGAAUCUGGUAUGAACUACUUUGUCGACGCAUUUAAUGCUGCCCGGUUUGUACGCGAUACUGACGCAGAUGCCUACGAAGCCCUAACGCAAGUUCCUAUAAAUUAUCACUACAAUCGCAACGACAACCGUUAUUAUAACUCUCGUCCACUAAUUGUCGAACAUGAAGUCAAUGCUGAAAAUCUGGCAUUUUCAAACUACGCUUCAUUGAUCAAAGAGGUCAAUUACUCGCCAAUGUUUCAAGCCCCAUUCGAUUUUGGGAUCUGGGAGAAACCCAAGGGCCAUGAACUUUCCACGCCUAGUGGUAAAAUGACUCAAAGGCUUUUAUUCAAAGACUUCUUGCGUGGAUUGGCCCUUUUUGAGAAGUUCAUAAACCUGCCCGAAAAUCAAUUCAGAUUUAAGCUUCCGGAGAAUACGUGCGUCAUAUUCGACAACAGACGCCUACUGCAUGCGCGUACUGCUUUCACAGGAGAAAGAUGGUUACGCGGAUGUUAUUUGGAUAACGAUGCUGUUAAAAGCAGGUUGUCUUACCUAGAGGAGAAGCAACGAGGGUGUUGA